AUUUUUGCGGGACGAGCGUUGUUUGUACCAAGUACCAAGAUGGCUUUUUUCCAGGACGACCGCUCAGUGCGCUCAGGUGGAGGCGUGAACAGGCACGAAGCGACAUUCUCCGUCUACGUCGAUAACGUCGACCCGGCGAGCCUCGACUUACCCACAGUGACAGAGCUCGCAACUUACAGCUACCCUCCACAGGAGGAACCGAGCUCGGGUUCUACUUAUAGUUCUUCGUUAUCUACUUCCUACCCGUCGCUGCACAAGGAGGACGUCUACACUCCUGCGCACCAGGAGCAGACCCUAUCCCUGAUACCGCCGACGGCGGUCGGCAGGUUCGCGCUGCGGCACGAGGUCGACUUGAACCUGUACCGCAAUUUAGUGCCGCUCUGGAAUGGGGACCACUUCGACCUGUCAGACAAGUUCGAUGCCGUGUGCGGGAUCAAGGAACUAGACAAAGUGAAAUGGGCAACGACCAAGACGACAACGUGUAUUUCUAG